CCGACGCUCGCUCGUUCAGUGCAGGGAUGCUCUGAGCGCGAGACUGCGGCAUCUUCCACACGGCGGCUCCCCCUCGAACAGCAUCUCUUCUCUCGAAUUUCCAUCCAUUCUUUGCACCCAGUCCCUUUCUUCAGGAAACCCACACCCCCCUCCUCAGGCCGUUCGCUUCAACCUGCCGGGCACCUUCAUGCGAGAACCGAACGUCAUCGGUUAGAAAAAUAAUAAAUAUAUAUUUUUUUGCUUUCAUUUCUAUUUCAUUUCUUUUCAUUCGGAGGGGCUCUUUGUUGUCGGUACAUCAUCUGCGCACAGUCGUUUUUGUUUUUUUUUUUUUACAUUGGCCCAUCAGCUUCAUCACUAGUUCUAGAAGAAGAAGAAGAGGAAAACAGCCAGGGAGGGAACGCCAGAAGAAAAACCUUGAAGAGAUACGUAUUGUGCGUAUGAAGAAAUCAGGGAAAGAUUACUGUUGUUGUCACUGCUAGACCUAUUUAAGGCUGCACAGUAAAUUAAUUGACCGGGGGGCGCAGGAGAAAAGGAAUUCGCCUCAUUUUGUGUAGAUGUGACGUUCUACCUAGAGCAGCAGGCGAAGAAGCAGGGUCGUGUUGAGUAAGGCAAAGAGGCAGCGCAUCGCUGUGCGACGAGCGGAGGAGGACAAAGCGAAGACACCUCCUCAGCAGAAGCGCUCAGACGCCUUCAGGGUCCUGCAGAGUCCAGCGCGCUCCGCUCGCUCCGCGACCCCCCGCCCCGUCCGUUUCCGAGCCGCUCCGACUCCGAGGGACGACGCACUUUCCGACCCGAGCUACUAUGAAAAUGAUGGCAGGCGGGGCAGUUCAGCAGAACGGGAUUUUCUCGAACCCGCACCAUCACAGUCAACAGCCGCACAUGGAGUCCGACCCCCCGGACUCCCGCAAGAGACCCCUGGAGACGCCGACGGAGGCGAGCAGCACGAAGCGCACCAACACGGGAGAGGAAGGCGAGUACUUCUUGAAGGUUCUGAUCCCUAGUUACGCAGCAGGCUCCAUCAUCGGCAAGGGGGGGCAGACCAUUGUUCAGCUGCAAAAAGAGACAGGCGCUACCAUCAAGCUGUCCAAAUCCAAAGAUUUCUACCCGGGAACGACAGAGCGGGUGUGUCUCAUUCAAGGAACGGUGGAGGCGCUCAAUGGAGUCCACAACUUCAUUGCCGAGAAAGUGCGUGAGAUGCCCCAGAGUGCCCAGAAAACGGAGCCGGUCAGCAUACUGCAACCACAAACCACGGUCAACCCUGAUCGCGUCAAACAGGCCAAGCUGAUAGUGCCCAACAGCACGGCAGGGCUCAUCAUUGGAAAAGGAGGGGCUACGGUGAAAGCUGUCAUGGAGCAGUCGGGCGCGUGGGUCCAGCUCUCGCAGAAGCCAGAGGGCAUCAACCUGCAAGAGCGUGUGGUGACUAUCAGCGGGGAGCCCGAGCAGAACCGCAAGGCGGUGGAAAUCAUUGUGCAAAAAAUCCAGGAGGACCCCCAGAGCAGUAGUUGCCUCAACAUCAGCUAUUCCAACGUGUCUGGCCCAGUCGCCAACUCCAAUCCCACCGGUUCGCCGUACGCCAAUUCAACCGAGGUGAUGCCGGCAGCGGCCGCGGCUGCAGCCGCCACUGCCUCCAGCCUUCUGGGGCAGGCAGGUCUGGCGGGUGUGGGCGCUUUCCCUGCCACCAUGUCCAGCUUCUCAGGUAAUGACCUCCUGGCCAUUACGUCUGCCCUCAACACACUAGCCAGUUAUGGAUAUAACACCAACUCCUUGGGGCUGGGGCUCAACCCGGCUGCUGCCUCCGGGGUACUGGCAGCCGUGGCUGCUAGCGCUAACCCCGCUGCCGCAGCCGCAGCCAACCUUCUAGCCUCGUAUGCCAGCGAUGCCUCUACUAGUGCUGGCCAUCCUGCCACAACACUGGGUGGCUUCACCCUGGGCUCCUUAGCAGCUGCUACUGGGGCCACCAACGGCUAUCUGAGUGCCGCCUCACCGCUUGUGGCCAGCUCCCUCCUGGCUACCGAGAAGCUGGCUGAAGGAGCAAAGGACGUCGUGGAAAUCGCCGUUCCGGAGAAUCUGGUGGGCGCCAUCCUGGGGAAGGGUGGGAAGACGCUUGUGGAGUACCAGGAACUAACCGGAGCCCGCAUCCAGAUCUCCAAAAAGGGCGAGUUUAUCCCAGGCACCCGGAACCGUAAAGUCACCAUCACUGGCUCACCGGCAGCCACGCAGGCAGCCCAGUAUCUCAUCAGCCAGAGGAUCACGUAUGAGCAGGGCGUGCGCGCCACCAACCCGCAGAAAGUGGGCUAAAAUGGAGGAAACCGAAGCAGGUGGGGGCAGGGUGGGGGUACCGAAAGAGAAAGGAAUCCAAGAAAGCAAAAAGGAACCAAACAUUUGCUCGUGUUUCAGUAUUUAAACAAAGGAUAAGGAAAAACAAACCUACCUGGAAGAAGGAGACAACUCUCAUACCGAAACCAAGAAAAAAUGUGUAAAAUGUAAAUAUGAUUUUAUUACUCAAGUCGUGAUCUUUCGGGAUUUUUAUUGUUUUUUUCCUUCCUUUCCUUUUUUGUUCGCUGGAUGGUGGGAAAAAAAUCAACAUUCUGCCACGCUGCAGUUCCCAGGGUGGGGCGUGUUAACCCUGGGAUUACCCCCCACUCCCCCUACCCAAUACACAUACAGACACAAACACACGCGCACACACACACACACACACACAUACACACACACACACACAUAUAUAUACAUACACCAUUCCUUUGUAGCUCACAGUUUUUUUGUUCCACCUCUGCCUUCGGUCUCAAUUCUCCCCUCCUCUGCCCAAUUCCCUUUGUGGGUCUGCUGAGGCUGCAAACAAGCGCUUGGUUUGAGAUCUAAGGGAGAAUCCCCUUGUCAGUGCCCCCCCCCCCCACGCCCCACCCUCC